GGCGCUGUGCCGGUCCCCCUGUGGGAGGCGCGGCCCGGUUGGGACCCGCUGCCCCACGAUCCCGAUCCCGAUCCCGGUCCUGAUCCCGUCCCUCAGCCCCCCGCAUGGUGAAGCAGAGCCCCGCGGAGCCCCAGGCGCCGGGGCCGAGCGCCGCGGCCCGCGGGAAGGGCAAGAAGAGGAGGAAGAGGAAGGGCCGCGGGGAAGGCGCGCCGAAAGGCCCCGGGAUGGCGGUGGCGCGUCCCCCACGCGACCCCCAGGAGUUCUCGUCCAACUGGAAGGCGCUGCAGGAGCUACUGAAACAAAAGGCAAAUGGCUCCAACAAGUCCCUCUCUACGUGUCAAACUGACACCAAAAAGAAGCAGCCAGUCCAAGCAGCCAAAAGCCCAGAAGUCCCAGCUCUCAAUGGGAAUGUGGGAAAGGCCAAACCCACAAAGAAAACGGAGAGUGGUUCUGCUAAAGAGAGUCCUCCCUUGUCUAAGCCAAAAUCCAAGGGGGUUGCAGUGAACAAGAAUUUAAAUGGCACCAAAAGCAAUGGAAAAGGCUGCAAAGACAAAAGGAAAAAUGGCAAUGUUGUGAAGGAGAAAGAUGAUUUAAAACAUAAAAGGAGGAAAGCUGAGGAACACGUGGAGCAGCAGCCCAAGGAGGCUGACAUCUGGUUUGAUGACGUUGACCCCAAAGAUAUUGAGGCAGCAAUAGGACCUGAAGCAGCAAAAAUUGCCAGAAGAAACAUGGGACUUGAAACAGGCCCAUCCAAAGAGUCUGUGGAGCAGGUGCUGGUCAAGGAAAACGCUUCUGAUGGGCUGACAAGAGCUGUAGCCAUGGACUGUGAGAUGGUGGGGGUGGGCCCCAAGGGGGAGGACAGCAUUGUGGCUCGGGUGUCCAUCGUGAACCAGUUUGGGAAGUGCAUUUAUGACAAGUAUGUCAAGCCCACAGAAAAGGUGACUGACUACAGGACAGCUGUCAGUGGCAUACGCCCUCAGAAUGUCAAUGCAGGUGAAGACUUUAAAACUGUUCAGAAGGAGGUUGCUGACAUCCUGAAGGGGAGGAUUUUGGUUGGCCAUGCUUUAAAGAAUGAUCUGAAGGUCCUGUUUCUUGAUCACCCUCAGAAGAAGAUAAGGGACACGCAGAGAUAUAAACCUUUCAAACAGAGAGUCAAGAGUUCAAGGCCAUCACUGAAGCUGCUCUGUGAGACCCUGCUCAAUGUUAAGGUGCAGACAUCAGAGCACAGCUCGAUCCAGGAUGCACAAGCAGCUAUGAGACUGUACACCCUGGAGAAAAAGAAAUGGGAAGCUGCUGUUAAGAACAAAACUAACAACAAAAAUUGUAAAACUUGAAGGGUUCUACCCUGUGCUUUUACCUGCAGAAUUUGCUGGUUUCCUGUCACAUUCCAGGACAAAUUUAGAGAUAAGUCAGAACUGUCAGCAGCUACUUCCUAAAAUCAAUGCAAAGACAACACUUCCUACCCUAGUGUGGGAAUGCUGCCAUCCAAGAAUCCUGCUGGUAUCCCUUCUGGGUGGUUUCUAUGCCUACUACCAAUCCUUGUGUUCAAACAACAUUUGUAACAAAAGCCUGCAUUUGUGAAGAACUUCAUCAGUUAAACUUCUGCAAAGGAAAUACACACUGAAUAAGUUAAAAAAAACCAAAUUAUGGUAGGUGAAGGAAGAAACUGUCAUUGCUUUGCCAGAACUCCUAAGACUAAAAUCUUUAUUUCAGAUAUGUUAAGGUGAAUUCUAAAUUAUUGCUGUUAGUCACACAGUUUUGGUACCUAAACCAACAAUAUAUACCUGUUUAUAUAUUGUAUAAUAUAUGUAAUAGGCCAAUAUUCAUUGGUGAGGAGAAGUCCUUUAAAAUAUUUCUGGAGGAUCCAAGCUUUUAUAUCCAGGUGUGUACAAGUCUUGUUUUUAGACAAAAAGUUUUCCUUUCACUUCUGCAGUUUCAAAAGUGUGGCAUCCACGAGGGUCAUUAUCUCCUGGAGAGAAAUGUGAGAACUGUCAAAUACAAGUUCACCUUGUUGCUUCACUGAUUUUUGUAUUCAUAUAUUAAUAAAACCACUGUGUCUAA